CAUUAAGCCCAAUUCUCAACUACCCUCCCACCUUAUAAAACCCCACCUCUCUCUCUUCUCUCUCCUCAGCCUAAAUCUUCCAUUCCCAUUCUUUCUCUCUCCUUCAUUUCAUCGACAUCUUAAAAAAACAAUACCAAAAAAAAUGGCAUUCUCAAGCAACGCCAUUCUUCCUAAAUCAAGUUUUUUACCAUCCACCCCUACAACUCACCAACCCAGUUUCUCUCUCCUCCCACUUAAACCUCGAUCCAUCUCCGCCGUCCAAUCCGCCGACAAAAACCACCCCAUUGCUUCAUCUAAACCUUCCAUCCCUCCUACUCCCGUCUCCGCUACAUCUACUGCUACUACUACUACACCUGUUGUUAAGAAGUCCGACGAAAAAUGGAGUCUUGAAAGUUGGAAGACAAAGAAGGCUUUACAAUUACCUGAAUACCCUGAUCAAAAAGAAGUCGAUGUUGUUCUCAAAACUAUUGAGGAUUUCCCUCCUAUUGUCUUCGCUGGUGAGGCUCGUAUUCUUGAAGAGCGUCUUGUUGAAGCUGCUCAUGGCAAUGCCUUCCUUCUUAUGGGAGGAGAUUGUGCCGAGAGUUUCAAAGAGUUUAACGCUAAUAAUAUUCGAGACACCUUUCGUGUGUUACUACAAAUGGGGGCUGUUUUGAUGUAUGGUGGACAAGUCCCUGUUGUUAAGGUAGGGAGAAUGGCGGGACAGUUUGCGAAGCCGAGAUCGGAUUCAUUUGAGGAGAAAGAUGGGGUGAAGUUGCCGAGUUACAGAGGAGAUAAUAUUAAUGGUGAUGCGUUUAAUGAGAAAUCUAGGAUUCCUGAUCCUCAGAGGAUGAUCAGGGCUUAUUGUCAGUCGGCUGCUACUCUUAACUUGUUGAGGGCUUUUGCUACUGGUGGUUAUGCUGCUAUGCAAAGGGUUACUCAAUGGAAUUUGGGUUUUGCUGAACACAGCGAGCAAGGCGAUAGGUACCAGGAAUUAGCUCACAGAGUUGAUGAGGCCCUUGGAUUCAUGGCUGCUGCUGGGCUCACCCUUGACCAUCCUCUGAUGCAAGCUACUGAAUUCUGGACUUCCCAUGAGUGUUUGUUAUUGCCCUAUGAGCAAUCUCUAACAAGGAAAGAUUCAACAUCUGGCAAAUAUUACGAUUGCUCAGCUCACAUGCUUUGGGUUGGAGAACGUACUAGGCAGCUUGACGGUGCUCAUGUUGAGUUCCUUAGAGGAAUUGCCAAUCCCCUCGGAAUUAAGGUAAGUGACAAGAUGGAUCCCAAUGAGCUCAUCAAGCUCAUCGACAUUUUUAACCCUGAAAACAAGCCAGGAAGGAUCACUAUUAUCACUAGAAUGGGAGCCGAAAACAUGAGAGUGAAGCUUCCUCAUUUGAUUAGAGCUGUCCGCAGAGCAGGUCAAAUUGUCACCUGGGUCAGUGAUCCUAUGCAUGGAAAUACCAUUAAAGCUCCUUGCGGUUUGAAAACUAGGCCCUUUGAUGCUAUUCGGGCUGAAGUUAGAGCGUUCUUUGACGUCCACGAACAAGAAGGAAGUCACCCAGGUGGAGUUCACCUAGAAAUGACUGGACAAAACGUGACUGAAUGCAUCGGUGGGGCCCAAACUGUGACCUUCGAUGAUUUGAGUUCACGCUACCACACACAUUGUGACCCCAGGCUCAAUGCCUCUCAAUCUCUGGAGCUCGCUUUUAUCAUUGCAGACCGUCUUCGGAACAGGAGGAUGAAGUCCCAGCCAUCUCUCACUUCCUAAAUAAAGCCCCCCCCCCCUUUUUUUUCCUUAACUUUUUUGGCUUGUCGAAAGUGUUGUAUUGAGUACCUAAAAUCCUUAAUUACUAGUACCUAUUUAUUUAUGCACCGGAUUCUUUUAGAUUCAUAAGUUUAUGUUGUGUAUUGUAUGUGUAUACCGGAGAACACCAAAAUCCGAGUACUCUGGUGUUUGUGACUAUGACAAUGACUAAAUAAAAGGCAACUACAGUUUUUUAAGCA